UUAAUGUGCGGCCAAGUAGAAACACCCUGCAAAUCGUCGUUAGUUCGUAUCCAACGUUUCUGGAGGUUCCGUCCGCGACAUCUGCAAGGCUGGGUGAUUAGCCGCUGCAAAACAUACGUAUUUUAGAAACAAGAGGAAAUGUCUUUGCCCAAGAUUAUUUACUUCCCGGUUCGCGGCAGGGCUGAAGUCAUGAAGCUGGCCAUUGUGGCUUCUGGUAAUGACUUCGAGCUUGAGCAAAUCAACUACCAGGACAUGAAGGAGCACCCGGAGCUCUAUCCGUUCGGGCAGUGCCCAAGGCUUGUGGACGGCGACAUGGAUUUGGUGCAGUCAAACGCUAUUACCAGGUAUCUGGCCCGCAAGUACGGCAUGUACGGCAAAUCUGAAAAAGAGACUGCUGCUGUGGAUGUCAUUUUGGAGGGAGUGGAGUCCCUCCGUGUCAAGUACCUGAACCUCGUCUACCAGGACCAGCUGGCCACCAAGGACACCUACUGGACCACUCACGGGGACCUGGCAACAACUGCGGGGCGGAACGGUGGCGCCCAUCUGGCCUACUUCUCCCGGCUGCUAGCUCGCAAUGCGCCAACCGGGAAUGGCAAGGCGUUCGUCGGAUCGGAUCUCACCAUUGCGGAUCUGGCAGUGUACGACAUUGUGGAUCUGCACUAUCGCAUAUUCGAACAGGUUAUGAAGGCAACGUAUCCGGACCUGCUGGCCUUCCACGCUCACGUCUCGGGGCUGCCGGGCAUCCGGGAGUACCUGGCCUCCCCACGCCGGCUGGCCGCUGUCAACGGGAACAACCUGGGAUGAGAAACAGGAUGAGGAUGAGGAUGAGGAUGGGCUGGAACCGUAUGAUGAGAUGAAAUCGUCAUACCCUGCCGGUUCUUCCACACCAGGCUAUAGCCCUAUGUUGUUGUUGAUGCUGCCGGGGGCUGGGUUGGGGUGCCCUGUACGCAUGACUCAUCACUAGUGAUUGAAACUCACUAAUCCAAAGCCUUGCGCGACUGCUGUACGUUAUACUUGUACGAUCGUGGGUUUCAUUGUAUGGCAAGCGCGAUUGCAAGCCCAUCGCCAAUACUUUCCCAGCUUAGCACAUGAUACUUCAGUUACUGCGUUAGAGGUACAGUGCAAUCAAAGGGAUUCGGUCAACACCAGUCAAUUAGCACCUUUGUCAAGGGAUUUUUCCAUUUGACUACGUGAUGUGUUGUAGGGUUCAGGCCUUCUG